AUGAAUAAGGAAGUGUGUAAAAGGUUCAAGAAUAUAUGGGAUGCUUUCCCCGAAGAAUUGGACAGUAGUGGAAAUUAUCAAUUUAAUAAUUUUGAGCUUUUAAAUAAUGAUUGUAAUCGUGAUAAUAUUUCAAAUAAUUAUUGUAAUAUUAAUAAUAUUAAUUCAAGUGAUUCUUGUAAUAAUAAUAAUAAUAAUAAUUUUCUAAGUGAUUUCAAUAAAAUAAGUGCUGGAUGUUUAUAUUUGUUGGAUGAAUUCAUUAAGGAUUGUGGUGUGGAUCCCUCUCCUGCAAAAAAUAACAUCAAUUUUGUUGAUUACAUUUUGAUAUGGUUAAGGUAUAUGUUGAACCUGAAAAAUAGUUAUGAAUACAAUAUAUUUUGUUUUUAUGGUACAUACAUAUUUUAUUGUGAUAAGUAUAAUACGAAAAAAAGUGAAUUAACUGGUUAUAAGAGUUAUACGGAUAUUAUAGAUGAUAAAUGGUAUUUGUUUAAUAUUAGAAAAAAUAAUAUAUCUAAUUUAUAUAAAGCAUUUAAAUCAUUAUGUGAAAUGUAUAAUAAACUUGAUGAUGAAAAUAACGAUUGCAAUAAAUAUUUGGAAGAUAAUGAAUUUUUAAAAAAAUUUGAAGAGCUUAAGAAUGAUUCUGAAUUUACUGAAGAUACUUAUAAUAGUAAACUAUUGUCUAUACUAUCAAAUGAUUAUGAUAAUUUUAAAAAGGAAUGUAAAAAUGCUCAAGAUAGCAAAUCUCCAGCCCAUACAGAGAUGAAUACACCACAAUCUGGUAUAGAAAGUACUGAAGAAACUGUCGAAACUGGAAAAAUUGGAGUAACUGGACAUAUUUCUGAAGUUACAUCAAGUUCGUCGAUAGUAAGCAAAUUAAUUCCAGUUGUGUCGAUAUUUGCUGCAAUAUCAAUUUUUUUAGGAAUUUCUUAUAAGUAUUCGUUAUUUGGAUUUCGGAAACGAUCUCAAAAACAUUUAAGAAAAAAGAUAAAAAAAUAA